AUGCCGCUCCUUCCUCGACCCCGGGCCGCCCUGCGGCUCGCCUCGCCUCGGCGCAGUGGCCCAUCCCUCACUCGCACCCUGAUCCCCCAGCCUCCACCCUCCCUCUCCACUCCUCGGUCCCUGCCUACCUCCUUCCUCCCUUCGUCCUCUGAAGCACGUAAGAACCGCACCCACAUGUCUUCCCUCCUCUCCACCCUCGACGCCCUCCGCACCACAGCCCGCGCCGGCGGAGGCGCAGCGACGACCGAGCGCUGGCGCGCGCGUGGAACCGCAAAGCUCACCGCCCGCGAACGCAUCUCGGCCCUCCUGGACCCUGCCUCACCGUUCCUCGAGCUCAGUCCAUUGGCGGCGCACGAGGUCUACCCCGACCCCCUCCCCUCCGCGGGCAUCGUGACGGGCAUCGGAGUGGUUGAGGGGCGGAAGGUCAUGGUGGUUGCGAAUGACCCCACGGUCAAGGGUGGAGCAUACCAUCCGUUGACCGUCAAGAAGCAUCUGAGGGCGCAGGAGGUCGCGUUGGAGAAUAGGCUGCCGUGUGUGUAUCUGGUGGAGAGUGGGGGAGCGGCGUUGCCCUAUCAGAGCGAGGUGUUCCCGGAUCAUGAUCACUUUGGCCGGAUCUUCUACAAUAUGGCCCGGAUGUCUGGGCUGGGCAUUCCCCAAAUCUCGGUCGUACACGGUAUAAGCGUCGCAGGAGGGGCUUAUAUGCCCGCCAUGUCUGAUGUGGUCAUCAUCGUCAAGAAUCAAGGCCGGAUCUUCCUAGCCGGCCCUCCUCUCGUCAAAGCCGCGACCGGCGAGAUAGUCGACGAAGAGACUCUCGGGGGCGGAGAAAUGCACACAUCAGUUUCGGGCGUAGCGGAUUAUCUGGCGAGUAGCGACGGGCACGCAAUUCGGCUGGCUAGGGAGGCAGUCAGAGACCUAGGGAAAGUAGGGGAGCACGGGCGAAAUGUGAGUGUUUCCUCAUACCUGCCCUCUGCGGGAUCAGGUAACGGAAGUCAGGCCUCCGGGCGGCAAGACCUGGACGCUAUCAUCCCUGCCGACCCAAGACAGAGCUAUGAUCCUCGCGAGAUCAUCUCGCGGCUGACGGACGGAUCGGAGUUUAGAGAGUUCAAGGCAGAGUACGGGAAGAGUAUCAUUACUGGGUUUGCGGAGAUCCAUGGGCAUACUGUCGGCAUAAUAGCCAACAAUGGCGUCCUCCUUUCCCCCUCCGCCCUCAAGUCUACGCACUUUAUCGAGCUCUGUUCGCAGCGUCAAAUACCCCUGCUGUUUUUGGUGAAUGUAUCAGGCUACAUGGUGGGAGAGAAGGCCGAACGAGGGGGUAUAGCCAAGGACGGAGCCAAGAUGGUGAGGGCUGUAGCUAGGGCGAAGGUGCCCAAGUUUACGGUGGUCACGGGCGGGACCUACGGAGCGGGUAAUUAUGGGAUGUGUGGGCGAGCGUACUCGCCUAGGUUCCUGUGGAUGUGGCCUAAUGCCAAGAUCUGCGUCAUGGGCCCAGACCAGCUCGCGUCCGUCAUGCAGACUGUCGGCGGGAAGAAGGCGAAGCAGUCGGUCGAGGAACAAGAAAAGAGCUUUGAGACUCUGCGCGGGAGGAUAGAGAAGGAGAGCUCGGCGUUGUACUCGACCGCGAGGAUAUGGGACGACGGGAUCAUCAAGCCGAGCGAUACGAGGGAUGUCCUCGGGUUGGCGCUUGAGUUGGCGGAUGAAGAGCAGGCCGGUCGGAUUGCUGAAGGAGGCGGAGGUAAUGGCGGGAGAGGCGAGAUUGGCGCGGAGGGCGAUUCGGGCGGUUGGGGUGUAUUCAGAAUGUAA